UCUUAAUUUAAUCUCUCUGAAAUUUUUACAUGUUUUUUAAUUUUCAAUUUGAAAAAGGGUUUUUGAAUUAUUUUUUAAUUAGUUAUUAAAAUGGGAAGAUUGUUUAUAGAAUCACUUCCAGGUCCAAGGAUAUUCAAAUGCAGCUGCUGUAAAGUUGACUCUGCGUCUCCAGACGACAUCGUUUCGAAGAAUUUUCAGGGGCGUUUUGGCAAAGCUUAUCUCUUCAGAAGUGUAGUUAAUAUCUGUCUUGGGCCUACUGAGGAACGGCAUCUUACCAGUGGAUUGCACGCUGUCAGUGAUAUAUAUUGUAGCUCUUGCUUGCAAAUACUUGGUUGGAAGUAUGAGAAGGCAUAUGAAGAGAGCGAAAAAUAUAAGGAAGGGAUGUACAUUCUCGAGAAAUAUAGAAUGCUGAAGGAUGGCUGGUAAUGCUUUCAAGCACUUCAUGCAGUGCUUUAGUAUAAACUAAUCUUGUGAUUCUUCACACUUUAGAGUAUCAAGCUUGAUACAUGCAUCAUUUAUAAUUUAUAUACUGCGUUAUACCAAGUAUUUUAGCUUGGUUCACGUGUGUGAGCCAAGUUAUUAGGAGCUUGAAAAUUUAUAAUGUUUUGUUUUCAUCACCAAAUAGCAGGAUGUACAGUUUAAAAAAGAUUUGAUAGUUGUCAAAAGUCCC